AGCGUGGCCGUUUGCAGCUGGAGAUCCGGGGCUGUGGUGCGGCGCUUCACCGGCCACGAGCGGGAGGUCACCAAGGUCACCUCUGCCCCGGGCUCCAGCAGAAUCUUCAGCGCAUCCCGGGACAGGACAGCGAAGCGAUGAUGGCUCCAUGGGGCUCUGGGGCCGAGCCAGCACUUCCCAGGACACGAGCUGGUGGUUACUGGGCUGGCGGUGAGCCCGGAUGGCUCCCAGCUGUGCACGGGGUCACGGGACAACACGGUGUGCACGUGGGAUGUAGAGACCGGGGAGUGUGGGCAGAGGGGGGCUGUGCUCACCCCGUCCCCCCCGCAGGUCACACACCUCUGCUGGGUUCCCGGGGAGCCGUACGUCGUCCAGACCUCAGAGGAUAAAACCAUCAG